UGAGCGAGGAGCGUGCAUUCAGUAAGCGUAUGUCGCAGUGGCAGGUAGUCGCGUCGCACGAGCUCGACCAUAGCGCAAUAACACCCAUUUGAAUCAUCGGUGUCGCUGACUCAGUGCUGUUGUGUUGAAACUUAGGUGUGAUGGUGAACAAUAUUUUAGUGCAUUUCUAAUAUCCGUGUAAUGCACGCCAUGAGUGAUCCCGCUGCUUUGGCAGGCAUGUUGCCUUUCGAUUCUAUUGGACUGUACGAACAGCCGAAACCACGUUUUAUCUUUAAAAUGCCGCGGGUAGUUCCAGACCAAAAAGCGAAAUUCGAAUCUGAUGAUCUCUUCAAAAGACUGAGCAGAGAAAGUGAGGUGAGGUACACAGGGUACCGCGACAGGCCCCCAGAGGAGCGCCAGAUGCGGUUCCAGAGCGGCUGCCGCGAAGGCCACACGGAGAUCGCGUUCACCGCCACCGGCACCAAUCUACAGCUGGUAUUCGACCACUCGCCCUACAACAACAGAGGUUGCGACUUCCAGAAAGAAAGCGGCAAGGCCCACAUCGUAUCCCGAUUUAUAAUGAACGGCGUGUGCGUGAGGUGGCGCGGCUGGAUAGAUUUGGAGCGGCUCGACGGCGUCGGGUGUCUGGAGCUGGACGAGGAGCGAGCGGCGAUUGAGGACGCGGCGUUGCGUGACCAGAUUGAAAGAUAUAACCAGAGGCUGCGGGAUUUCGAGGACAAGCAGCGCGCGUACCGCGAGCACGGCGAGGAGCUGCGAGCGCACUCGCACGUGCACCAGCGCUGCCACCAGCCGCGCCAGGCGCCGCACGCCGCGCACCCAUCGCACCCGCAUCCGCCGCACCCCGUGCACAUCAAGCCGCACUCGCAGGGCGCACUUAUCUCAUAAAUACUCAAACUACAACAACAUCUAUGAAAGGACCUGCAGGCGGAACUAAGGUCUCAUAGUCUAAAAUCCAAUUUUUAUAUUACAAUCAUGAUAGAAUUACCUAGGCAUAUCAGAUCUUAUUUUCGCCUGGAGAGAUGCUUUGUGAAAAAUCUUCAAUCGUGGUCGUCAGCCGCAUUAAUAAAUCUUACUUCAUAUUGUGAAAAUUAGAUGAACGAAAGUAAGACAGUAAUGGCAGAGAUAAAGAAUUAUUGUAUUAUUAUGCUCAAUUUUCAUAAUUUUGAAACUUGAUAUAUGUUUUGGGUAAAAUCAAGUGAAGUAGUAUACCCAACAAUUUAUUAAAUAGUACCGAGUUGCCACCAGUAAGGCACGACAAUUUGACUGACCUACGAAUGUUUGACCAUCAUGUUUUGAUUUUAACAUCACAAUACCUGUAGAUAGUAAAACCAUCUGAUAAGAUACAAUGGCUUUUAUCAAGCAUUUAUUAGUAGUAUUAACUCGUCAUGAUCUAACACUGACGAAAUCUGCAAUGUUAGUUAGUAAUUAACUAGUUUUAAGUAAAUGUAGAUUAUAGAAGAAAUCCUGGAAAAAUAUAUCUUGAAAAUUCCGAGCUUCAUCAAUAUCCCUUGCAGUCUUAAAGUUAUAUAUCUGGCAUAACUUGGGGAGUCUGAAGAUUUUAUAUACGCAGUAGCAUUUUAAGGAUCUGCGUAACCCGGGUACAAAGGGCUCCAGACGAACACACUGCGUAGCUAUCAACAAUCUUCUGACUUGCCAAGUAUUUCAGACGUAGUACUUAUAUGUACGAGUAACUAUAACCUCCUUUGUAAUGGUAGACCUAUAGUGAAUUGAAAUUGCAAGAUGACGAUAAUAUUAUGUAUAACGGUGAACUUUCCUGAUUUCAUGUAUUGUAAAGGAAACGUGGAAACAGUCGUCUACAUAGGUACUCGUAUGGUUCAUUUAUUAAGUGUACUGCAGUCAAUGCAGUUUAGUUUCAGUCAAUAUUUAACCAAUUCCUGAGCAAAUAUACAAUCAUUACAUGCUUCAAAUUUUACUUACUCGUCAUUAAUUUUUGUUCCCCAAUCUAUUAACAAAGUUUUUUGUUACAUAAUACUUAAUUAAGUACUUACUUAAUUUAGAUCCAUUACAUACCUGCACCUUAUUAAGUUAACUGUUGUAUGCAGUUGUAGUCAAAAGUAUAAAGCAUACCUAAGAUCAAAUGUACCUACGCCUAGAAUAGCACUAAAGUUCAGAAUAAUAUGUACUCAUAUAAACACUCUUGGGAAAUUAUAUUUUUUUCUCAUUAUUUGUAAUUAGCUAUUAUUAUUAAUGAAAGUUCUCGUUCAGUUUGUGGUACAUGUUAUUUAUUUUUAAGUUGAUUUUAUAUGUAAUUAAAUAUAUUGUGAUAAUAAAUGUAAAUAAAUCUUUACUGAAUUUUAAA